UUAAAAGACACCUACUCUAAAAACAAAAAUUACUAAAUAGGCUAAAAUAGAGCGUUCAUAAAAAUUAUAUCGCGUCGCACUAGCGCAGUACGAAACGUCAAUUUAACAAUUUAUUGGCCAUCCUUGACUCGACUCGUCGACCACAUUAAUUUCAUUCUAUUCGUCCUCCUCACUAGAAAACUUUCUGGUGUAAUCGUUGUAAUAAAAUCAUUACUCACGAAGAAAUUAAAGCGUAAAGGCGUUCAUUUUGCCUGUUUAAUUGUGAUCCAAUAACUUAAUAAUCGAAUCUGAAAAUGCCGACUAAAGCCGUGUGUGUUCUCAAGGGCGAUGUAACCGGAACGAUUUUCUUCUCCCAACAGGAAGAAAAGGGGCCCGUGGUGCUGACCGGUGAAGUCCAAGGUCUUUCAAAGGGCAAGCAUGGCUUCCACAUUCACGAAUUUGGUGACAACACAAAUGGAUGCACGUCAGCUGGCGCUCACUUCAACCCCAACAAGAUGGAGCACGGUGCACCAGAUGCCAUGGUCCGUCAUGUUGGAGACCUCGGAAAUAUUGAGUCUACCGGUGGCGCUACAAAGGUGUGCAUCCAAGACAGUGUGAUCUCCCUGAGUGGACCCAACAGCAUAAUUGGCCGCACCCUGGUCGUCCACGCCGACCCCGAUGACCUUGGCAUUGGUGGCCAUGAGCUGAGCAAGACAACAGGCAAUGCUGGUGCUCGCAUCGCUUGUGGUGUAAUUGGAAUCGCCCAGGUCUAGAAAGUCCUACUCUUCAGUCUCUCCCUUCAUUGUUACUGUAGUAUUAGCAAUGCAACUGCUUGCAGCAACUUUCUGGUAAAGGGUUAAAGGCUGGUUUUAUGAGCAGCAGUGUUUGGACACAUAUCAGCUUAGUCAAU